CCUGCGAGACGCGCUCACGCUGUCGACUCGGGAGUGGCGUUCCGCAACAGAGCUGACAGUGCCGGGCUUUUGGAGGCGGACAGCGCGCUCCCCGGCCCCGCGGGGGACAGAGAGCAGCAGCGGCGGUGCGGAAGGAUGCGCGGCCAGCGCCAGGGCCGCCGGUGCUGACGGGCUGCAGACGGCCGGCAAGCUGGUGCUCCACUACCUGCGGCAGGUGGUGUGGGGCUACGCGGAGGGGCAGCGCCUCAGCAGCAGCGGCGGCGACGCGCUCAUGGGCACCGUUCUCAGCUUCAGCCCGCGAGAGCGCCGCCCAGUCUACUCGAGCACCGGUUCGAUAGGCGGGGGCGGCGGCGGCGGCGGCAGCAUGGGCGGCAGCAUGGGCGGCGGCGGCGGCGGCGGGGGCGGCGGAGGCGGCUGUACCGUCAACAACGCCGGCUCCGUCACCGACUUUACGCUCAACAACUACAGCUACGAGCAGCUCAACAACGCCAAGAACCGCGAGAACAAGACCGGCGGUGGCAACAACAACGGCGACAACCCGACGCCCAUAGUCGGCUCGCUGCCCAACGGCAACGCCAACGCCACCACCAACCACAACCACAUCAACAACAAUGAGAACGCGCGCAUCAUCUCCGAGAAGAACGCCCUCGAGAAGAACUUCAAGAAGCACUCGCUCUUCAUCAACGCGCUCAGCUGGAAGCGGUUCUCCACCACCAACAAUAACAAGAAAAAGCUGGACAAUAAGAAUAAGAACUUGACAGCUUUCCGGCAACCGCUGGUGGACAAUAUCCACCCGCUGGUGGUGGACAAGAACAAGAACCUCCAGAAGGCGGCGGGCAUCACCUGCUACUACAACCCUCCGGUGAAGACCCUGAGCGAAGGAAGCAGCCUGCAGCCGCGGCCGUCGCUCACCACGACGACCAGCACGGGCACGAGCACCGCGGCGGACGCCGUGCGCGCCAACAACGUCAACAACAACAGCCAGCAGGUGUGCGAGAAGCUGGGCCCCAAGGCGGCGCUGCUCGGCGGGUCGGCGGCUCCCGCGCCACAGCCUCCCGGGCCGCCGCACCACCACCACCACAGCCACCACCAACACCACCACCACCAGCACCAGCCCGUCCCAAAGAAGACGGUCAUCCAGGCCUCCACGUCGGAGCUGCUCAAGUGCCUGGGCAUCUACCUGCACAACAAGUGCUACCGGCUCAAGGACUUCCAGGCUGGCGACGCCGUCAUGUGGCUGCGAACCGUGGACCGCAGCCUCCUGCUGCAGGGAUGGCAGGACGUGGCGUUCAUCAACCCGGCCAACGUGGUGUUCGUGUACAUGCUGGUGCGUGACCUGGUGACGGAGGAGAACCUGUCGUGCGAGCACGAACUGCAGGCGGUCGUGCUCACGUGCCUCUACCUCUCCUACUCUUACAUGGGCAACGAGAUCAGCUACCCGCUCAAGCCGUUCCUCGUCGAGGACGACAAGGAGCGCUUCUGGGACCGCUGUCUGCUCAUCGUCAACCGGCUCAGCCGCAACAUGCUGCGCAUCAACGCCGAGCCCGGCUUCUUCACCGAGAUCUUCACCGAGCUCAAGGCGUGCGGCGCACAGGUCCAACAACAGCAACAACAGCAGCAACAACUGCAAGAACCUACACCACCACCACCACCCCCUCCACCACCUCCACCACCCCCUGCCCUCAGUGCAUCGGUAGUGCAACUGCAAAAGCAGCAGCAGCAACAGCAACAACAACAGCAGCAGCAGCAACAGCAACAACAACAACAACAAAAGCAGCACCACCACCACCAGCAGCAGCAGCAGUCAAAGCAAUGCCAACAACAGCAGCAUCCAGAGGGUGGGGGCCCAGUGGCACUGCCUGCGACUGCUUGACCUCCCACUGGUGGCCAGGGUCCUCAGCAGAGUGUUGUGUUGGUACGCCUGGCGCGCAGCCACUACGUCACUACACUGUGACCUGCGGCAGCCCCCGCUCUCCUCCCGCGCGGGGGCACGGCCCUCUAGCGGCACACGGAGGAGCUCCCUCCAAAACAGCCAACCAGCGGAAAACAGGCCUUUUGUCAACAAUUGCCGCUGAUCCGUCGAUAUACUGAAAUUUAUCUCAAGUAUACAAAUGCGUGUGCCACUCUUUAACAUCAGAAACUGGGGAAAGUUGCUUUCUUUGCAGGUCACAACUUUCGAAGUUGGACAUUCUCAUACACUGAACAGAAUAGUUCCCCUCUGUCACUUACACAUCUCAAUCUGUGUAUUGCAUCAUAAGAGCUCUCUUCAGUGCAUACACACUGUGCUUGUGAUGGCCUUAAAUUUUCAUUUUUCAUAAACAUUUCUGAUAAUAUGUGUGAAGUUAAUAGCCAAACUUCCAAGUUUCCUUCAAUCCAACAUUAUUUGCUAUCUAAUGUUUUGAACAAAUUGUGCCUGUCUUCAUUAGGCUUUUUCCUCUGUAAAAGUCAGAUUACAAUUGUAUAAUUGUUCCCUCAAAGUGAUAGUAAUAUCAAUCUCGUUUCAGUGGAUAUUCUGAUCCAGAUAUUCAUACAGUGUGUAAACUUUUUGUUUUCUAAAUAUUCUUCCACAAAACAAUUAUCUGCAGAGAUUACAACUUUCCUCACAUGUGGAGAUUGUGGUUUUAAGUUCAUUGAUCUGUGAUGUUCCUGAUGGGUUUGGAAGGAAAUUAACAAAAACAUUCAAUGUUUAUAAGGCACAGAAGAAGUUGGUCUUUCUAAUAUAUUCUGUCCCUGCCAAGUGUUAUUAAAAAUCUGACAUAGUAUUCAGUUGGUAUUUCCUUUUUGAGAAGCUUUUGCUGGAUCUGAGGUGAUUGUAUUAUGUGGAGGAUUAAUAUGUAAAAAAAGUCUGAAAAGAUAUGGGGAUAAAUAGAACUUUAUUUUGAACCACCUAUAAGUGAGCAACAUUUCCAUUCACAGUACAAAAGUCCCUCAUGUGAUUCAGCAUAAUACUAGAGAUUUCUAUACCAGUUAUUGUUUACUGCUUUGUUUCCUAUGGUUCCAGAAUAUUGUUGCCGAAAUACUCAGGUAUAUUCACGUUCACAUUAUGUGUAUUUCUCAUCUUCUUCAGGUACUUUGUUCUGGAAGUAGUGUCACAGAUGAAUGAGGUCAUUAUGCCUGCCACUGAACAUUACACCAGCCAGUCAACUUCACCGCUAAAAAAAAGUGAUGUGUUGAUUCCUAUUAUGUCAUGUGUACAGCACUCAAAAUAUUAAAACUGAAGCUGUACAGCUACAUGAAUCAUUCCAUGUGUUCCAUAUGAUGGCAUGAAGGUUGUAAAAUUAUUCAUCCUUUUAAAUGUAAAACAUUGAUAGGACAGCAGUAAAGAAGCAUUGUUUGAAACAUUUAUAUAUGUUGCAUUACACAGGAAAAAGAAAAUGAAAUUUUAUAUGACAAAUAUGUUUCUAGGGAAAUAACAUGGCCAACCAGUAGGACACACUAAAACUUUUUAAAGGCAUGGAUAUCAUCCACGUGCGUUGUGUAACAAUUCUGAUCAGGUUAAACAACAUCUACAGACAUUAGAUCACAUUAAUAUCACUGUUAUUUUCUAUAUUUGAUGAGAACUCCUUCCAAUCACAAGAUAUUUCUCUCUACAAAGACUUCAGACUUGUAGCUAAUGAAUAGGAAAUUCAUUACAAUAGUGCAGGGUGAACUGAGUGAUUGUUGUUUAAAAGAAUUACUACAAACACUCAGUCAUAAAUGUAGGAUAUAACAGGGACUAUGCUAAUUCGAAGUAUUCAAUUUACAUAAUGUAGUGUAACUACAUUGUGCCCACAUAUCCCUUAAGGGUUAAUGCAGGAACCCUUCUGGAAUGGACUUAAGUGGGCUUGUUGUUGAAUAUUUAACUAAAGUAAAGUAGAGGUAAAUUAAGUUAGUCGUAUAUAAGUAAUAUAUUUAA